AUGGGAGUUUCUCUGCGUGUGAUCACCACCGCUUCGUACACCUACAGACUGGCCUUCGGGCCCAGACCUCCCACAGCGCCUCCUACCAAACAGCGAGCUGGGAGGGAUGGGUCGGGGGGUGCCACUAAGACCAGCAGCGCCCUUUGGGUCCGGGUGGCCCCCACCACACAAGGGGAGCCCAGCACAAAGAGCCCCGGGGUGUGCGAGGGGACCCCGCAGCCUGCAAGGGCACCCCCGGAGCUGUGCGCACACCCGCUGCCCCGUCGGGGAAGGGGCACCGGGAGCCCCACGACUGUACAGAGCGGGGAAAGCCCCCCGGGAAAGCCAGCGAGGGGCAGCCGCCUGGGGCGCACCAGGGAAGUACCGACGGGGACGCCGAGCAGUGGGAUUUGGGGGUUUAAACGCGGGUCGGUUAAAAGAUUUGUCUUGUCUCUUUAUGUAAUUAUUUAUUCGUUUUCCUGCAGUUUUCUCCACUUGGCGAUUAUUCACGAGGAAAAAUCCCUGAGCCUGGAGGUGAUCCGGCAGGCGGCCGGGGACCGGGCUUUCCUGAACUUCCAGAACAACCUCAGCCAGACUCCUCUUCACUUGGCAGCGAUCACUGAUCAGCCCGAAAUUGCUGAGCAUCUUCUGAAGGCUGGAUGCGACCUGGAAAUCAGGGACUUCCGAGGGAACACCCCCCUGCACAUUGCCUGCCAUCAGGGCUCGCUCAGGACCGUGAGCGUCCUCACGCAGUACUGCCAGCCACACCACCUCCUCGCUGUCCUGCAAGCCACCAACUACAAUGGACAUACAUGUCUCCAUUUGGCAUCUAUUCAAGGAUACCUGGCUAUUGUUGAAUACUUGCUGUCCUUGGGAGCAGAUGUCAAUGCUCAGGAGCCGUGCAACGGCAGAACGGCACUACAUUUGGCUGUUGACCUGCAGAAUUCAGACUUGGUGUCGCUUCUGGUGAAACAUGGAGCGGAUGUGAACAAAGUGACCUACCAGGGCUAUUCCCCCUAUCAGCUCACGUGGGGAAGAGACAACUCCAGCAUACAGGAACAGCUGAAGCAGCUGACCACAGCCAACCUGCAGAUGUUGCCAGAAAGUGAGGACGAGGAAAGCAGUGAAUCGGAGGCUGAAUUCACAGAGGAUGAACUUAUGUAUGAUGACUGCCUGAUUGGAGGACGACAGCUGGCAUUUUAAAGCAGAGCUUUCUGUGAAAAGUGACUGUGUACAUAUGUAUAAAAAAAAAAAAAAGGACUGGCUUUCUUU